AUGGUCUCUCACCGUAGUGGAUCUACCACCGGAAAUUUUUUGCGAGGUGUUGUCAUACCUUAUGCCCUUGGAUAUUCUCCACAUCUCUCGCACCUGCCGUUCUCUGCGACGGGCAUUGAUGAAUCACUCGGCACACAUACGCUAGCCUCGUUUUUGAAGAGACUUGUGCCAGGUGUGCUUGUGGCAAUGGUGACAAGAAGUGAUCUCAAGGCUGAGCUCCCACAAGAACGUCAUCUGCAGCAUGUUGCCUCGAACGAUCUGCUUCCCUCCAUUGCGCGUGGGUCCAUGUUCUACAAACCUGACUUCACUGCCUUCAAGGCGGCAUAUGCAGCAGCCACGACAACAGCUGAACACCAAGAACUUGUGGUGUCUAGCGUGCGUAGGACCGGAAGUAUCAUGGAACAUGCCGCCUUAUGUCGAUUAUGGUCAAUGACAGUUGAUGUUGAUCAGCGUCAGGAUCAGCGUUGUAGAGUGUUGGAUUUCAAGGACAAGUUGGUAGAUGUGGGCUUUGGUGAUGAUAUUCCCUUGCUAGGCUUGAGAUACAAGAAACUUUUCGAGCACCCUCUAGUGCACAGUAAGGCGGAUCCCCUCACCGAUCACGAAUGGAAGAUGAUUCGCCCAAAGAUUGUACAGUUUAUGGAAGGGAGAAGAACAUUACGUCUGAAUUGGGAGAAACGGAUGACAUAUACUGUGCGCCUGGGUAAUCUUGAUGGGGCACUUUCUGUAUACAGCAUGAACUUAUCAAGCUCGGUUCCAAUGCCGCAAGCCGUUGACCUGUCUGUGUUCCCCGAGAUUCGGACCAUUACAGUCCUUCCCUUGGAGAUUACCAAUAUUCGGCCUGGCACAUUCGCUCCGGAGUUACCGACUCUAGUUUCACGCUGGCGUUCGGAUGUAGAGGCCCAACUGGAGGCUCUUGCCUCCUUUCAUUCAAAGGACACUCACAAUCGCUGA